AUGGCAGCUCGUCUUGAAGCUGAGAAAUUCACCGGCACCAAUGAUUUCGGACUAUGGAGAAUGAAAAUACGAGCAAUGUUGACGCAGCAAGGGCUCGCAUCGGCUUUGGAAACGAAGCAGAUAGAUCCGAAGGAAAAAGGAGUUCUCGAUGAGAAGGCGAUGUUGAAACAAGCCGAAAUCGAAGCCAAGGCCCACAGCAAGAUUGUAUUGUGCCUCGCCGAUAAAGUAUUACGGGAGGUGGCAAAGGAGACGACUGCUGCGGGCAUUUUAUCCAGGUUAGAGGAUCUUUAUCUCACGAAAUCGUUGGCCAAUCAGUUGUAUAUGAAGCGUAGGUUAUACUCUUAUAAGUUCUUGGAGAGUAAGGGGGUGUUAGAACAGCUAGAAGAGUUUAAUAAAUCGAUAGAUGAUCUGGAGAAUAUUGAUGUGUUGCAAGAUGUUAUACUGUAUGGGAGAGAUAAGGCGAUUACAUUUGUGGAGGUUCAAACUGCUGUGAGAGCUAAGGAACUCCACAAGGAAGGGAUGGGAGUCGAGGCUGGUUCAUCUGUUGCAGAAAGCCUGAAUGUGAAGAAGCAUAAGUUCAAGAAACCUUUUAAGAAGGAUCAUGAUGCUCUAAAGUUUGCCCAGAAUAUCCAGAAGAAGAAUCUGAGUGAGAGCACUAGGUCAGUGAUUUUAGGAAAUAACCAAGUUUGCCAAGUUGAAGGAAUUGGCUCUGUGAAAUUAAAGAUGAAUGAUGGCUGUGUUAGAACUCUCACUGAUGUCGGGUAUAUUCCUCAAGUGAAGAGGAAUUUGAUUUCCCUUGGACUCCUUGAAAGAAAGGGGUGUGUGUUUUCAUCUGCUAAGGGCAGAAUGGUGGUUAGAAAAUGGGAAAAGGAGGUCAUGGAGGCUGAGAGAAGAGGCAGCUUGUACUAUCUACUUGCAGAAGUGCAGGUUCCUAUGGCCCAAGUGAACUCAGUGACAUCAAAUGUAAGAUUGUGGCACAUGCGGCUAGGUCAUCCUGCUGAGGGCAGUAUGAGAGAGCUUGUGAGAAAGGGAACUGUGCAGACACAGCUUGAUAAGCAACCAUUUCAGUGUGAAGAAUGUGUGCUUGGAAAGUCAAAGAAACUAUCUUUCCAAAGGGGAAGCAUCUAUCUACUCAACCAUUAG